UGAGCAUAUCAAGCCGGAAAGGGCAAGCUCCGUUUCACAGAAAAGGCGCCUCGCCGACCACCGCAAACUCCAUGCCCUUUUCUCUCUUCUCAUGGCUUCCUUCGAAUCCGAAACUCGUAACCCUAACCCUAACCCUAACCCUAACCCUAGAUAGAGCUCAUCGAUCUCCAUAGAGAUCAAUGGAGAGCGAGAGGUUCUCCGGGUCGCGGGACAACCCCAGAGCCCUAGGGCUUGCCCACGAUCGGCCACCGCGCGCUGCACCGGUGGAACGGCCGUCGCCACCCAUACUGGACCGUUUCCGCGCCUUGCUUAGAGAGCGGGAGGAGGAGCUGAGAGCCCUCGGUGAGGAUGAGCCCCCGCUGCCCUCGGCGCAGGAGGUCGUGAGGCUUUACGAGGAGGUGCUUUCAGAGCUUGUUUUCAACUCGAAGCCGGUUAUCACGGAACUCACCAUCCUUGCCGGGGAACAGCGUGAAUUUGCUGAGGGGAUUGCUGAUGCUAUCUGCUCCCGGAUUCUUGAGGCACCGAUUGAUCAAAAACUUCCUUCAUUGUACUUACUAGAUAGCAUAGUCAAGAACAUUGGUCGCGAGUAUGUGAGAUAUUUUGCGGAGCGGCUUGCUGAGGUUUUUUGCGAGGCAUACAAUCAAGUUCAUUUCAGUCUGCAUCCUGCUAUGCGUCACCUCUUUGGGACUUGGUCACAGGUCUUCCCUUAUUAUGUGCUUCGUACAAUUGAGGAGGAGCUGCAAUUUUCUACUCCUGAUAGCCAGCAGUCAACCAGCUCGACGAAUACCAGACAUUCUGAAUCCCCUUCCUCUCGCCCAUCUCAUGGCAUUCAUAUCAAUCCAAAGUAUUUGGAGGCCCGACGCCAUCUUGAGCAUUCUUCUGCGGAUUAUCAAGAUGUUAGAGGUACUUCUUCAAGUCUCCAGUCUGCUGGGCAGAAAUCUUCUGCUCAUUAUGGUGAGUAUGAUUUUGAACAUAAUGAUGUAACCCCUCCUCAUCAAGGAUCAGUUGGAAGAGGCUCUCCACAAACUGCUGGUGGACAUGAACCUUCAAUGGUUAUGAUGGAAGGAGGAAUUGCUUCUUCAAAGAUCAAGGGAUUUAGGCCUGCACCUUCACCUGCACCUGCACCUGCACCUACACCUGCACCAACUAUUAGGUUGAGAGGGUCUACUUCACCAUCAGGUGAUAGACUGAAAAAGGAGAUUUCACCUGUUUGUGCUGUUCCAGGUGCUGCUCUUUCUGAUUCCAGACAUGGGUUUGGACCUUGCAAAGUGAGUGAGCAGAAUGGUUGGCUGGGUAAGAGCUGGUCUUCUGAUUACGCCUAUCAACGGCCAGAAGAUUUCAGUGUAUAUAACUUUAACAGGCAACGGACAAGGGAACUGAUAGAUGCUUAUGGAAAUUACAGAGGCAAAAGUACUUUUGAGGAGAAGGUUCCAAAGAUAAUGCGACUGGAGUCAAAUGGUGUGAAUAGUGAUGUGGCUACAAGAAGGUGGCAGAAUACUGAGGAAGAGGAGUAUGUUUGGGAGGAUAUGAACCCAACAUUAGCUAGCCAGAGAAGGGAAAAUAGCCUACCACCUGUUGAGCCCUUAACGACAAGGGCGGGUUUAAGCAAAUGGGGUGGAGCGUAUGUUGAAUCUGAUUUCAGAAGGGCGAAUUGGUCCAGCCAUUCAAGGGCUUCUCAUGUUGAUGAUCCUGCUUUAAAGUUUGAAGACAGAAUUCCCCUUAUAAGUGGUUCUUCUCAGCAUGCUCAAGAUUCAUGGAAGCUGCCCUGUGAUAUACCCAAACUUCCAGUACCGUUAUCAGUAAGUGGGAGGGAGUCCUUAAUUGGCCAUAGAGUACCAGAAGCAGAGGUACCUUUUCAGAGGCUAUCCAACCUUAAUUCUGACUCUUCAAGAGUCAAUGCAUCUACUUUGGAGAAGCAUUUGACUGAGAGACCAUAUUCUCCUCCUAACCCUUCAACAAUGUUGGCUUCUUCUCAUAAAUCACAGCCAUUGCCUUUGCACCCUCUUCCUUUACAUCAGAAGCAGUUUAAAAGUCAAUUUGAUCUUAUAGAAACCCACAAGCCUAUAGUUGGCCAGGGGCCAAAAUCGUCUUUAGUAUUACCACUUCAGCAAUAUGAUGCCACUGAUAGAAAAGCUACGGACACCGAGGCACUGCACCAUUUACCAUAUCAGCAUUCUGGUUCGGUACAAUCAAACCACCGGGAAGCUAUGCCAAUUCAGCUUCAUGAAUCACGUGGAAACUUAAUAUCCUCUGCACCUGUUCAGCUUUCAUCUCAUUUAGUUGCUCCACCUUUAAACAUCUCACACACACAAGAAAUGGGUGUUCCUUUGGGCUCCGUUUUACAGAAUUCUUUGUCUGGUUUACCUUCCUCUCAUGUGACAUACAAGACACAUGACAACUCCUUACAAGCUCUUGGAGUCAACUUGCCUCCUUUGCCUCCAGGGCCACCUCCACCUUCAGUGCAGAUUGGACCUGCAUCUAUUAAUUCCAAUAUUUCCAGUUCACCCGCAAAUCCUUUCUCAGGACUGCUCAGUUCCCUGAUGGAAAAAGGUUUGAUUUCUUUGCAGCCACAAAGCUCUUCUCAGGAUCCUGUGGGGGUUGAAUUUAAUGCUGAUCUUCUUAAGGUGCGACAUGAGUCUGCAAUAAAUGCCCUGUACACUGAGCUUCCAAGACAAUGUAUGACAUGUGGCAUGCGGUUUAGAUGCCAAGAAGAACAUGGUGCCCACAUGGAUUGGCAUGUAACUAAGAAUCGAAUAUCAAAGAACCGCAAACAAAAACCUUCACGCAAAUGGUUUGUGAGUGCGAAGGAGUGGCUCAGUGGAGCAGAAGCAUUGGGAACUGAUUUUGUCCCUGGAUUUUUGCCCACUGAAACAGUUACCGAAAAAGGAGAAGACAAAGAAUUGGCUGUUCCGGCAGAUGAAAAUCAGAAUGUUUGUGCAUUGUGUGCAGAGCCAUUUGAGGAUUUUUACAGUGAUGAGACUGAGGAGUGGAUGUACAAGGGGGCUAUAUACUUGAAUGCACCUGAUGGAAAUGUAGAGGGUUUCGAUAGAUCUCAGUUGGGUCCCAUUGUCCAUGCUAAAUGCAGGUCUGAAUCUGCCAAAGGGUUUGCAGAAGCUUAAGGAAAUCCUGUGCAAAACAGAAUUAUACAGUAGAGUUUAUGACAUCUAAUCUGUAAGUUACUUCAAUGGUAACUGCCUUUUAUGAGACACCCAGCUUCUUGUUUUCCAAUUAAUCAUAUUCCAGCUUGCGUAGCUUUGGCAUCAUGUUUCAUACUGUAAAUGUAAAUUCAGAGUAGUGCUGCGUUAGAAGAGAUUUUCAAUUUUGUAACAUGCGUGCUAUUAGCAAAGUUUAUAUGAUCCUCCCAUCUCUCUAUUUUCGCUUGCUUUUCUGUCUUUGCAGCAAUGGGAUUUUGCCCGCCCUUUCUAGUCGAUGUGUUCCUGAGAGAUUUCCGUGGGUAGGGUCGGCUGCUGCCUGCAGAACAAAUCAAUUAUCUUUUUAUGAAAUUGUCUAUGAUCGCCUCAUAGUUCUGGCUUAUCUUUUAUAUUUUCUUUUGUUUAUCUUUGAUGUUCUACUCUGGGUUUUGUUAACAGUAAAGUUCUCUGUUAGGUUUUGCAGUCUGUGAAAAGUCAGAUGCUUGUGCAACAACAGGCAGCACUGCUAAUAAAAUUGUGGGAAAUGCCACCUUCAUUUUA